AUGUCUAUCGUUGCUGCUUCAACGACCCUUGUUCCUUCUUCAUCAACCCAUUUGCGUCGACAUCUUGCAGAUUAUCAUCCUACUCUUUGGAAGGAUUAUUUCCUUCAAUAUGCUUCCCAAUCUUUGCAAGUUGAUGAAGAAAUGGGGAAACAAGUUGAAACAGUGAAAGAAGAAGUGAGGAAGAUGCUUAUAUCUACAAGGAUGGAGAAGCCCUCAACAAAAGUACUUGAACUGAUUGAUUCAAUUCAACGUUUGGGCUUGUCGUACCAUUUUGAACGUGAGAUCGAUGACUUACUCCAGCAAAUUCACAACACUUACGUGCAAAAUAAUGAAAUUGUAACUCAUACUGAAGAUCUCCAUUCUCUCGCUCUGCUCUUUAAGCUACUGAGGCGAGAAGGAUAUCCCAUUUCACCUGAUAUGUUCAACAAGUUCAAGGAUGAGCAAGGAAGCUUCAGUGAAAAGAUAGCAUCAGAUGUUGAAGGGAUGUUGAGUUUGUACGAGGCCGCGCAUCUCAGUGUUCAUGGAGAGGACAUUUUAGACGAAGCGCUUGCUUUCACUUUGAAUCGUCUUCAUCGCUCCAUCACCACCAUUGAAUCAAACCCUUUUCUCGCAGCAAAACUCCGCCAUAGCUUGAAGCAGUGUCCUUACAGGGGAUUGCCAAGGCUAGAGGCGCGAAAGUACAUUUCCAUAUAUCACUUGAAUCCUUCCUGUAAUCAAGUUCUUCUGAAGCUGGCGAAAUUAGAUUUCAAUAUGCUCCAAAAGCUGCAUCAGAAGGAGUUCGGCAAUCUCUGCAAGUGGUAUAACAAGUUGGAUGUGCAAAGAAAUCUUUCAUAUGCAAGAAACAGGAUCGUCGAACUAUGCUUUUGGAUUCUCACGGUUUAUUUUGAGCCUCAGUACUCUAAAGCUAGAAGCAUAAUGACCAAAGUGAUGGCCCUGCUAUCCAUCAUUGAUGAUACAUUCGAUGCGUAUGGAACUAUAGAUGAACUAGAACUCCUCAACGAGGCAAUCCAGAGGUGGGAUAUUCGUUGCUUGGACAAUCUCCCAGAUUAUAUCAAAUUAUUUUACAAGGAACUGUUGAACGUUUUCCAAGAAACAGAAGAAGAAAUGAGGAAAGAAGGAAGAUCAUACAGUGUUCACUAUUCCAAACAAGAGAUUAAAAAGGCAGUGGAAGCCUACAUGACAGAAGCAAGAUGGCUAAAUAAGAAGCAUAUUCCGACAACAGAGGAGUACAUGAACGUAUCAACAGUAUCAACUUGUUAUCCAGCUCUUUCCGCUGCUUCUUUCAUCGGCAUGGGACACAUAGCCUCUGAGGAUGUCUUCAAGUGGGCCCAAACUCACCCGAAAGUCAUUAAAGCCUCUGCACUUAUUUGCAGACUCAUGGAUGACAUCGUCUCUAGCGAGUUUGAGAAGAAAAGAGAGCACAUUGCGUCACUGAUAGAAUGCUACAUGAAGGAUUAUGGAAUGUCAAAGCAGGAAGCCAUUAGUGAACUUGAGAAGAAGAUAAGGAGUGCGUGGAAGGAUAUUAAUGAAGAGUGUGUGAGACCAAAUAUUGGCCAAGGGAUGCCAAAACCCAUUCUGAUGCGAGUUCUGAACAUGACUCGUGUCAUGGAUGUCAUGUACAAGGAUGCCGAUAACUUCACGCAUUCUGGAGGACUCAUGAAGGAUUCUAUUCAACUUGUGAUCCUUGAUCCUGUGCCAUAAAUUAAUGUGAUCAUCUUAAUAUUAGUGUUUCCUUAAUUCGUUGCCUGGUUUUACUUGGGAGUACCAUGAAUAAUCCAACGAGUGGCAUAUUAUAUAUGAAUGAAGUGUCAAAUGUUUACCUGAAGUGUCAAAUGUUUCUUCUUGUGUCCCUUGGGA